CUCCCUCCCUCUCUCUCUACCCCCGGGGCGGGAGAAGCCCGUGUUUGGUUCUCAGAGAGAGAGAGAGUCCUUUGGGAAGAGUCACAAAGCGUUUCCCUCAGAGAGAAAGCGGAGUGGCGAGAGCUUCGGGAGUCAUCCGCAGGAAAACCAGCGCUUGCUCUGCACCUCAACGCGCACGUCCUGAAACCACUGGGCCGAGGGACGAGAAGCGAAAGCAAAGAGCGAAAAGAGGAAGAAAGAAGUGACAGAGAAUGAUGACAUCUGAUCUAAGCGCUAGUUGAUCUCUCUUUUCUCUGUGACAGCUUGAACUGUGGAUCUCAAAGCGCACCAGAAGCGACUUUUUCGCACCUUUCCACACUGGGUCAACCCGCGUCCUGACGUCCCUCCGGCGAUUUAAAUUCGUGUUUUAAGUGACUUGACUUUUUGGAUUUUAUUCUGCCGAUAUGCUUUUCCCGUUUUAGCACCCACGUCCACUCGGGACUAGAAUUAAAGGGAUAAAGAGUUCAUCGCUUGGUUUCUAGCGAAGCGCACGCAGCAGCAGCAAAGAGCGCACUCGCGUUCACUCCGCUUGAAUCAGAGUGAAAGAUCAGGAGAACAAGUGCACAGCGAGGCGCGGGGAGAGACUGAGAGGGCGAAAAAGAGGUUACAAGCACCAAGCUUCGGAGGUUUGUUAAUGUUUGGGAUCCAGGAGAGCAUCCAGAGAAGCGGCAGCAGCCUGAAGGAGGAGCCGCUGGGAGGCAUGAACGCUGUCCGGGGCUGGAUGCAGGGGGGCGGCGUGCUGGACGCCAACACAGCCGCCCAAAGUGGAGUGGGUCUGGCCCGGGCUCACUUUGAGAAGCAGCCGCCCUCCAACCUGCGGAAGUCCAACUUCUUCCACUUCGUCCUGGCUCUGUACGACCGCCAGGGUCAGCCGGUGGAGAUCGAGAGGACCAACUUCGUGGACUUCAUCGAGAAGGAGAAGGAAACGAGCGGAGAGAAGACCAAUAACGGGAUUCAUUACCGGCUGCAGCUUCUUUACAGUAACGGCAUCAGAACAGAGCAGGACUUUUAUGUUCGACUCAUAGAUUCCAUGACUAAACAGCCGAUUGUUUACGAAGGCCAAGACAAGAACCCGGAGAUGUGCAGGGUGCUGCUGACACACGAGAUCAUGUGCAGUCGGUGCUGUGACAAGAAGAGCUGUGGAAACCGUAAUGAGACACCCUCAGACCCUGUUAUCAUCGACAGAUUCUUCCUCAAGUUUUUCCUCAAGUGCAACCAGAACUGUUUAAAGAACGCAGGAAACCCGCGAGACAUGAGGAGGUUCCAGGUGGUGGUAUCGACUACAGUGAGUGUGGAGGGACACGUCCUGUCAGUGUCUGACAACAUGUUCGUCCACAACAACUCCAAACAUGGCCGACGGGCCCGCAGGCUCGACCCCGUGGAAGGAACGCCGUCUUACCUAGAACACGGAGCAGCUCCCUGCAUCAAAGCCAUCAGCCCCAGUGAGGGGUGGACCACGGGGGGUGCUACGGUCAUCAUCAUAGGAGACAACUUCUUUGACGGUCUCCAAGUCAUUUUCGGUACCAUGCUGGUUUGGAGCGAGUUGAUCACGCCGCACGCCAUCCGCGUGCAGACGCCUCCCAGACACAUCCCCGGGGUCGUCGAGGUCACUCUGUCUUACAAGUCCAAACAGUUCUGCAAAGGCACACCAGGCAGGUUCAUAUAUACAGCAUUGAAUGAACCAACCAUUGACUACGGUUUCCAGAGGCUUCAGAAGGUCAUCCCUCGGCACCCUGGGGACCCAGAGAGGCUGCCAAAGGAGGUUAUUCUGAAGAGAGCGGCCGACCUGGUAGAAGCCCUCUACGGUUUGCCUCAUAAUAACCAGGAGAUCAUCCUGAAGCGCGCAGCAGACAUCGCAGAAGCUCUCUACAGCGUCCCGCGAGGACACACCCAGCUCUCCGGCUCCGCCCACACUGGCAUGAUGGGGGUCAACUCUUUCACCGGGCAGCUGUCCGUCAACGUCUCCGAGCCUUCACAGGGCAAUCAGGGUUUCGUGCGCAGCAGCAGUAGUGUGUCUCCUCACGGUUACGUGCCUAGCUCCACGCCUCAGCAGACCAGUUACACCUCAGUCACCAGCACCAUGAACGGCUACGCUAACAACACAGGCAUGACCAACCUGGGAGGCUCGCCCACUUUCCUCAACGGCUCCGCAGCCAACUCGCCUUAUGCUAUCGUCCCAUCCAGUCCCACCAUGGCCUCCUCCACCUCCCUCCCCUCCAACUGCUCCUCCUCCUCUGGCGUCUUCUCCUUCUCGCCGGCCAACAUGGUGUCGGCGGCCGUUAAGCAGAAGUCCGCCUUCGCUCCAGUGGUCAGGCCCCCCUCCUCUCCUCCGCCCUCCUGUACCAGCGCCAACGGCAACGGGCUCCAAGAUCAGACAUUUGUGGACUCUAGCAAGUACUCAACAGGCAGCUCUCUACAAGGCCUGGCCUUCACCUGAACAAUCCCUGGAAUGAUCGUCCCACCCAUGUAAAGGUGUGAGUACGCAUAUGUGUGUGUGUGUGUGUGUGUGUGUGUGUGUGUGUGCGCGUGCGACUGACUGUGUGCGAGAUGUGAACCAAGCACACUCACGCCGAUCCUGGUGGAGGAUUUCAGUGCGAGUCAAGACUCCGGUCAGGGGAUGGAAGCAGCCGUCCCCUUCUGAAGGAACAAACCCAACUCAGGCCCUUUCUAACACACACAGAAAAAAACAACUGCAAGAAAACAAAUAUUUGCAAGGAAAUAAGUUGUUUAGACUUUGUACACCUUGAUGCUUUUAUAGGAGAAUGGCCACGCCUAUAUCAUGACUCUCCACGGACACUGGAAGUGUAUUUAUUUUGGAGAGAAUCCACUUCCUCCCUUGAGUGAUUGUUGAUUUGUUUUCCUUUUUUUUUUGUGCAACAGUUAACGUGUGAUAAUCAUCUUCUAACUGUAUCCUACACAAGGGAUUUUCUAUUUAUGAAGUUUGAUCAUAAAUGAAGGAAUAUAAUGUGAAGAAUACCUGAUGGUGAUGAUGAUGAGUAAAAAUGAUGAUGAUGGUGAUGAAGAGGCUGCAGGAUUCAUACAUACAGGGUCAAAUCCAGCCGACACAGACAAGCCAAAAGCAGACACACACGCACGCGCGCUUUCGCUCCUCUUUGCCAAAUCCACAAAAUACUCAGACUGAGAGUUCGUCCUCUGCAUUUAAUCGAUCAGCUCGAAGGAUUCAGAUGCUUCCCGCCUGCGACUGAUGCUGCAGUUUUAGCCAUUCAACAAAUCCCAGUGUUUACUUUGAGCUUGCUUCAUGUGCUUUCACGCUGCAAAUCUGCGUGCUACAUUAUCUUGAAAAAGAGCAAACCUGCCUUUCAGCGAACAGAAUCUGCAGGGAGAAGGAAAAUUCAGUUUAACAAACCAAGGAGAAGUUUGUUUCCACCGUGCAAGACUCGAGAGAGGGAAUAACCGCUAACCCAGGACAGAUUUGAAGAUAGCUAACUGUAAAAAGGCCAGAAAUUAAUGCAGUUCCUUCCCCGUACAGUGAGGUGUAAUUACUGGAUGCCAACAGCAGCUUCACUGUUGAGGAUUUGACCCAACAACUCUGCCAAUGAGUCCGUCCAUCAGCCCUGUUUAGCACACAAUCUGUUUUAAAGGUGGACACAGCCACAGCGACCUCUGUAAGAGGGAGAACACGUCUUAAAGACUGCUGCCAUUUUGACUUUGAUUUUGUUGUGAGAUUCGUUUUCUCAUGUUUUUGUCUUAACAGAUAAAUUCUUAUUUCUAUUUGGUUUGCUGUGAUUUUAAAUAGUUGUUUGUAUUUUUACUGUGAUGAUUAGACAGCCCGUCAGAUUGAUUUUGUUACCUGCCCACUGAUCUGGUUCAGUUGAACAAAUCGAGUGAGGAAACUAGCCAAUGGUGUGUCUUAAAUGCUGCGCUGCAACAAUUGUCUACUUAUGAAACAUUUGUGAAAACAUCUUCACCGAGGUACACUUUCUUCAUAUCUGCCCUUGAGUUCAUCUAUUUUUUUUUUUUACAGAGCAACUGUAUUUAAACCAUUUUUGCACAUAUUUUCUUAAAGCAACACAAUGUAACUUCUGCUGAGCAACACCGCCCUCUGCAGCCACAAGCGGUAAUUAAUUCUGUUGGGUGGUUUUCGUGUACAGAAAACAAAGCCUUUCAAUAUCAGAACGGUGCAUAUUCCUCAUGAUACCUGGCCUCUGGAGCUGGAGGUGCUGUUGCUGUAACUAACACACCAAACUCUGUUUAUAACUCUUGAUAUUUUCAAAGUUUCCUCACUGGAUAUCAGAGAUUAACCCUGGUUUUUAAUGACCAUCUUUUUAACUGAUCUCUUGAGUUUGCUGGUCCUGAUUUCAGCAGUUUAAGCCGCUAGCUAUCACACAGAUAGCACCGUGAUGUACCAUGGCAAUGAUUUUGAAGCUGUUAUCUUAAGGCAAAAUAGUUAUGUAAUGUUGUUUUAAGAAGUAAAGAUGAAGUAUGAUUUUCAUCGUCCAAAAAGGUCAGUUUUUGCAGCGCAGGACAACUAGCCAGCAACAUGUCUUAACUGCGCAGUGUGUGAAAAGUCCCCGAUGGUUUGUUGUGAAAAGUCACGGCUCCCUCAGCCCUGCAGUCUGAGCUCACAGCUCAGUGUGUGUGCGGUUCAAUAGUCUUAACAAAUUUAAUUUAUGCUCUGUUAAUUUUGCCAAAGCCCUUAUUUGAGACAUUAAUGCCUAAACAGUCUUACGCCACAAGUUUCUUUGCUGUUCAGCACGUCUUUUCUUGUCACACAGUCAGAAACAGUAAGCCAAUAAUGCUAUAUUAUGUACAACUGUCAGUGCUGUAUGAGAGCGUCAUAUUAAGAUCUGCAGCAGGUAGAGUUCAUGAAUGCAUCUUUGUUGUUUGUUUGUCACUCAUGUCAAUGAUAUCUGCCACAAAUAGAGGCUAACUGAAUGUGGAUUUGGAUACUUAACUGGACAGAGAACCUAACUAGCAUCAUGUGCUGACAAAUUAAUUCUUUCUAUUCAAUGAACAGGAAAAAUUUGUAACCACUGUCUGAGGAUAUUUGGACCUCCAACUGCCUGCUCAGAAAGCAGAAGAAAAUAUAUAACACUCUUUAAUAUUUUAAGUUUAAACUAAACACGUGAAAGACGCCUCCUCAGCCAGAAGUCAUUGGCCUCGGAAACGAAGACUGAAGGUGUAUCAGCAAAACCGUUAUCAAAAAUUUGGAUGAAAGAAAAAGGACAUUAUCGAGAAAAUAUGACAAAUGCCAAAAAUCAACUGAGACCCUGAAAACUCAGAUCCUUGGUUAUGUUUUGAUUUGCUUUGUCUCUCAUGUCUACACAUUUGAAUGUUAUUAAGACUAUUUGUUUUUGUAUCAUAGCGUCUGUUUAUCAAAAGCCAUACUUCCACUGCUAAUUUCAAUCAAACUAAAAGAAGCCAUGUUGGGUUUUUUUGUCAUUUGUAAGUUAAGAAAGCAGGAGGAUGUUUUUUUGUUUUUGUUUUUUUUAUUAUGUCACAAUGUCGUUUGUAUCAUUAUUGUUGAAAUAAGCAUAAUUUUGUUGCAUUAUCUAGGGUGUAGAGUUUACGAAAUUUGUCAAUAUGAUUAUCUGUGUUUGUCUUCCAUGUGAUGGAUUUAAAGAUGGAAUAAUGAAGGCUGAAAGAGAUGUAAGAAAAAAAAUCUCUUUCUCGAAUCCUUUCUCCUGCAGCCACUUCCCCUGCUUCAGUCAGGUUUUCUGUCCUUUCCUCUGUUCAUUUCCCUCCCCCUCUUUGUUUUGUUUAUGUUAUUAAUACUCUGUAUGUUUGACUUCUUUUCUUCUCCCCCUUUCCUUCACUUUUUCUUUAAAAAAUGAGCCACCUAUUUAUUUUAUCUCAAACAUGGGUCUGGAGACCACUCCUCUGUUCGUGUCUACGUGUGUGUGUGUGUGUGUGUGUGUGUGUGAGUGUCAUCAUUUUU